AUGCAUGCUAUUGGAGGAUUGGGCCACGCUAUCCAAAAUCAAUUGCAUCCACCAGUUUUGUUUUGGGUCUUUGUGGCCCUCUCGAAGGAAUUGUGUAAUUACCUAUUCGUGCUCACUCUUGGCACGAAAUUACGAAGCAAGGAAUAUUCUAUAUAUAGGUGCUGGCGUGCUGCCUCCUCGAGAUUUUUGGUUCAGCGUGAUGAUGAGGAUGAUACUCUUCUUCAAGGCAUCAACAGCUAUCGAGCAUCCCUGAACUUGACAGCUCUACCACAUAAUGACAAUGCAGAGUGCCUUGCUGAUGAGAUAGCUGACAAAUUCAAGAAUCAACCCUGUACAAACACCACCGGCUCCAACACAGUACCAGGCACUGAACCUCAAUUCUCUGACUACCCUAACCUUUUAGCCAAAUGCCAUUUGAAUUUCUCCAACACGCAGGAUGGGGCCAUAAUGCCUGCUUGCGUACCCAACCUGGAGCCAAACCUUGUCCUCUCCAACUUCACAAAGUCUCAGUAUUCAGGAAAUCUCAAUGACACUAAGUACACAGGAGCAGGGAUUGGGUCUGAAAAAAAUUGGAUUGUUGUUGUUCUGACCACAAACACAUCCACUGGAAGCUUUGUUCCUUCAACUAAUGCUGCCAGUUUGGUUUCCAGGGUGAUUUGAUCCACCACUUGCUGUUUUUGCUGAUGGUUUCUAUUUUGCUGCUGUAAAUAAGACGAUGGCCAUUGACCUUUCAUUUCUUGGCAGUUGUUGGAGAAUUAUUGAUCAAUUGACCACGUUACAAACUUACAAUACACGAAUCUUCUUACUUUCCAAAAGAGAGAGGGAAAGAGAAAGAAUUACGGAAUACAGCCGAUUUUACAGUGAAAAUACGUACUCAUUCCUACAUCUGUUGAUCUGCCAUGUGGUGCUAGAUGGUAGAAUGUUGGACAGACCUAUGUUAAGGGACUGCUAAUUAGUUAUGGUCAUUGCGUGAUGUUUUCUUUU